AUGGAUUCAACUAUCAGUGAAUAUUGUACAAGAAUAUCUAAUCAAAGACAAACAAUAUUAGCUGAACAACUUAAACCUUUAUUUGAUUUGAUUGUUAUUGAAUUAAAUAAAAAUAAUAAUGAUAAUUCAACAAUUGAUGAUGAUUAUUGUAAAAUAAUUGAUACAUUAAAAAAUCUUCAUCGUUUAACUUUAAUCGAUCAAUUAAUUGUUAAUAAUGAAAUUUUUUAUUUAAUACAAAAUAUCUUAGUAAAUAUAUUAAAUAAAUGGUUGAAAGAUAAUAUUAUUUUAACUGAUAAAGAUAAAUAUUUAUUUCGAAAUAUAGUUGAUCUUUUUUCUAAAAUGAUUGGACAUUUAACAAAAACAAAUCAAGUUUCAGUAUCAAAUUUUAAAACAUGGUUUUUAAAUGAACCGUUUUUCAAAACAAUAGCUUCAGUAUUAGAAGAUAUAUCCAUAAAUUCUUAUAAAUAUGUAGAUGAUGAUCAAAAUAUGGAAAGUUUAAGUAUGUUGAUAGAAUCAAUUCGAUGCUUUCAAAUUGGUAAUGAUCAUAUUAGAAAUAAUCCUAAUGUAUUAUUAUUAGUUGAUCCUUUAAUAAAAUGUCUUUGUUCUUCAACUUAUAUUAAUACAUUAAAACAAAUUGAUAUUAAAUCAACUGAUCGUAGUGCAUUUGAAGAUUUUAUUCUCGGAACAUGUCCAUGUUAUGGUGCUUGGAAUAGAGGAAAAGCUCAAAUAAUAAUAAUAAAUGCAUUAUGUUUAAAUAAUAUGUUAGCAUCUUAUGAAGAAAUAUAUGAUUUAUUUUUAUCAACAAUUAAUGAUUGGGAAUAUGCUUUAAUGGAAUCAAUUUACUAUAUGACAGCAUUAUUACGUUAUGUUGCUUUUUAUUCUUCAACACGAGAAUAUUUAAAAAUAAAUUUAAAAAUACUUGAUUCAAUGUUAAUUAUAUUAAAUUCAAAUUGUUUAUUAGAUAAUAUAUUAAUAACAACAGAUUAUAAUUCCGAAACAAAUUUAACUGAUUCAGCUAUUUCAUUUAUAUUUAAUUUAACACAUGAUUUUGAAAUGUUAACAAUAAUUAAAGAGAAUUCAUUUUUUUCAAAAGAAAUAUUUUUUAAAUUAAAAAAUUCACAAGUUGAUCGAGUUAAAUUACAUGCUUUAAUGAUUUUAUCUAAAAUACUUAAUGAACAAGAUAUUUUAAAUCUAGAUCAUAUUGAUACAUUAACAUCAAUUUUUUUUGAUUAUUUAUCUAGAGCUAUGAAUGAUCCAUGUCAUACUUGUCAAGAUGUUCCUGUUGAACAUUUAUUAGCAUCUUUAAAAGGUAUGUUUUCCUUGAUAGAAAAUAUCAACGAGUUAAUAUUUACUUUUUACUGA